AUGGGCAGCAUCGAGAACGGCGACAUGGCAAAUGUCGACGCGGCUGCCACCAGGCCACGCAUCUUCAAAAUUCUGGCAGCAGCCAAGGAGGAAGGAAGACCCUUAAAUAUCUCAGCACCGAUGGUCAGAUACAGCAAGCUCCCUUUCCGUCUUCUGGCUCGACAGUAUGGCACAGACGUAGCUUAUACUCCGAUGAUGCUCGCACAUGAGUUCAACCGAUCUCACAUAGCAAGAGCUUCUGAUUUCACCACACAUCCUAUCGAGAGCCAGCCCACUUCUGAUGGCCGGGAACACGCAGUGAUAGCUCAAUUCGCAGCUUCAGACCCGACAGAAUUCGCUCGUGCUGCCGAACUUAUAUCUCCUUGGGUAGAUGGCGUCAACCUGAACUGCGGCUGUCCGCAAAGCUGGGCGAUCAAAGAAGGUAUUGGUUGCUCACUCAUGGAGAAUCCAGAGGUCGUAGCUGAGAUGGUGAGAAUGACCAAAGCACGACUCCCAUCCGACAAGAGUGUGAGUGUCAAGAUUCGCCUCCACAAGGACCUCGCUCAGACGACGCGCUGGGUCGAGAUUGUGCAAGAAGCUGGAGUCGACUACAUCACCGUCCAUGGCCGCACACGCAGUCAGCGCUCAAGUACUCCACCAGACUACGAAGCGGUCCGCAAGCUUCGGCCUUACAUCAACGUGCCGAUGUUUGCGAACGGCGAUGCGUACACGCUCUGCGACGUCAAUAAGAUCGCGGAGCUCGCUCUGGCGGAUGGAGUCAUGGCAGCUCGUGGCAUGCUGGAGAAUCCUGCUCUCUUUGCGGGCUUUGAAGUGACACCAGUGCAGUGUGUACAUGACUUCAUGGCAUGGGCUGUCAAAUGCCCGAUACCGUACCCGCUGGUGUUGCAUCAUAUUGGCGAGAUGACUGCGCGGAUGCCUGGCAUGACGAAGAAGGAGAAGAAGCGCCUGAUGGCGUGUAAGGACUUGGUGGACUUGAUUGACUACGUGGAGAUCACAUUCAACGGAUAA